AUGACGCCAUCACCUUCCGAAGCCGUAGCAAAGGUUGCGCAAGCCGCUGCCGGCACCAACUCGUCCGCAAAGGUGUACAAGAGGGAGUCCAACACAGCUAGGGUAUUGGGUGCAGGAUGUGCGGGCAUCGCAGAGCUUAUGGUCUUCCACCCUGUCGACACCACAGCGAAGAGGUUGAUGAGCAACAUUGGAAAGAUUGAAAACGCAGCGCAUCUUAACAAGGUCGUCUUCAAGGACGCGGCCAACGCCUCGGUCGGUGGUCGUUUCCUUUCUCUCUUCCCCGGUCUCGGCUACGCUGCCGCAUACAAGGUGCUCCAGCGAGUAUACAAGUUUGGCGGACAGCCCUUUGUACGGGACUACCUCGCGCACAACCAUGGCGACAGCUUCGACCGCGCAUUCGGCAAGGGCAACGGCAAGGCCAUCAUGCACGCAACUGCAGGUUCCAUUAUCGGUAUUGGUGAGAUCGUUCUCCUGCCGUUGGACGUACUCAAGAUUAAGCGACAAACAAACCCCGAGGCUUUCCGAGGCCGUGGUCUGGUCAAGAUUGUCUCAGACGAAGGAUUCGGACUGUACCGUGGUUGGGGAUGGACCGCAGCACGUAACGCGCCAGGCUCGUUUGCGCUCUUCGGUGGUUCCGCCGUCGCCAAGGAGUACCUCUACAAGCUCUCCGACUACAACUCGGCAUCAUGGUCGCAAAACUUUGUUGCCUCCAUCGCCGGAGCUAGCGCGUCGCUCGUCGUCUCUGCUCCUCUCGAUGUCAUCAAGACCCGUAUUCAGAACAGGAACUUUGAGAACCCCGAGAGCGGAUUCAGGAUUGUGUCCAACAUGAUGAAGCACGAGGGCUUCACUUCCUUCUUCAAGGGACUGACACCUAAGCUGCUCAUGACCGGACCCAAGCUCGUGUUUUCCUUCUGGUUGGCCCAAACGCUGAUCCCUGCCUUUGGCAAGAUAAUGUUGGGCUACGUCAAAGGCAACGACUCUCUACCUUCUUCUCAACCCCGCAACACCGCCAUCAUGAACCCUGAGUGGACCAUGCUAACUUGGAUACCUGCAGAGUACUUUUUCAUCCCGGCUGCAGUCCUGUUGCUGCCGUCCCCGCCAUGGAUGGCUCCCGCUGACGGCUCGCCUUACAACAGAUACGACUACCUCUUCAAGCUUCUCCUCAUCGGUGACUCUGGUGUCGGAAAGUCCUGCCUGCUGCUCCGUUUCGCAGACGACACAUACACCGAGAGCUACAUCUCGACCAUCGGCGUCGACUUUAAAAUCCGAACGAUCGAGCUCGAUGGCAAGACCGUGAAGCUACAGAUUUGGGAUACUGCCGGCCAAGAGCGUUUCCGAACCAUCACAUCCUCGUACUACCGCGGCGCCCACGGCAUCUGCGUCGUCUACGAUGUCACAGACAUGGACUCAUUCAACAAUGUGAAGCAGUGGCUGCAGGAGAUUGACCGAUACGCAACCGAAGGCGUCAACAAGCUGUUAGUGGGCAACAAGUCCGAUAUGGCAGACAAGAAGGUUGUCGAGUACACUGUAGCAAAGGAAUUCGCAGACAGUCUCGGCAUCCCAUUCCUCGAGACCUCCGCAAAGAGCGCUACCAAUGUCGAGCAAGCUUUCCUAACCAUGGCCCGCCAGAUCAAGGAGCGCAUGGGUACCACAACUGCCAACACUAAGCCCACAGUCCCCAUUGGCCAGGGCCAAGGUGUGCAAAACGGAUCUGGCGGAGGUUGCUGCUAG